GUGCAUUCAUGCUCACUGUGAACACUGUGGACACAUGUGUGCUAUAGCUUAUGUGUAGAGAUCAGAGGAAAACCUUGAGUAUUAUAGUCCUUGUUAUCUACCUUGUUUUGAUAUAGGUAUACAUCCCAGUGUGCAUACCAAACACUGCAAAUCCAGCUUCUAGGAACUCUCCUGCGUCUACCACCUAUCUAUCUGCUUUUCUGUAAGAGUGAUGGUAUUAUUUAUGUAGACUACUGCAACUGGCUUUAAGUGUAUUUUAAGAGUUCAAACACAGGUGUUUACACUUAUGAAGCAACAACUUAGUCCAUAUCUCCACAGCCCACUCUGUCAUCUUUUGAUGCCUUUUACCUGGUAUGUUCUAUUCCUAGAAAUCAGGAAGGAUAAGAGGUAAAAGUGCCAAGAAAGCUUCAUGGACACUGGCAAAGCAGCAAUUGGUGAGCUGGUAGGUCUGAAGGUUGGUCAGUGGGCCAAAGGCCAGGCAAUUAAACAGGCCAGUUAGAGAUUCAAGCAAGAUCUUAAUUUGCACAAAGCUACUCACAACAGUUUUCAGAAUUUUAUUGCAAUUGCUACUUUGUUGUCAUUGUCUCCUCCCUGUUUUAGACAAAGCCUAAGAGAGAAGGGUGUGGGUUUGGUGUCUUUGGCUCUGGGACACGAAAUUCUGGGUUGGGGUGGCAAUUAGGUGGUAGAUAUGAGAGAUGGGAAAGCUCUGUUGAUACACCCUAAGGCCAGGUGCUUCUUAGAUACAGGGAGUGGGGUGUGCAUUUUGAGGAGGCAUUUGGUAGAGGAGGUCAGUAAGCAAUCAGGAAGGGGAGAUAGAUGUCUAAGUCCUCAUGAAGGAUCCAGAUUACAGCCUCCACCUCAAAAUCUCUCAUAAAAAAAACACGAUGCUGGCCAGGUUGAAGCAGAAGGCAAGAUCAAAGAGGUGGUCCCGGAGAGUUGUUGUCUGGGAGAUGGUUUCUUCUUGCUGGACCAUAUCUAUCACCUGCCAAAGCUCACCCACUGAUGAAGCCACAAAGUGUUCUUCAUACUCCUCCUUGCCCUGGUCUAGAACAUAAAAGACGGGCAGAGAUGGGCAGCCCCAAUAUCAAUUCUAGUCCAUAUCAGAAAGGGGAUGAGGCAAACAGUGGAGAGAUAAGUGAGGGCCAACUGACAGAACACUGGCCUUGACUGGGCAAAAGAAUUCUUUAUCUAGAGGGCUUUUCAGAUCUCACUUCAACUGUAGCCCCAUCUCAAACACAGGUGACAGGCACUUCUCACUCCAGUUCCCUCCUCCAAAGGCGUGAGGGAUCUCUUCAAGCAUGAAAGCAAAGAGGCCCUCUCUAGGCACUCUACUUUCUCAGAAGCCUUUGACAAUUGUAGGCAGCCCCAUUUUGUGGCAUGGCUAAGAGUCUUUGUAAAGCCAGACAUUUUUACUUACAGCUAUUAUUUCAUACUAUGGUGAUAGGGAACAUGAAUUAUCUCCCAAAAUCCAAAGCCCAGACUGAUCCUGACCUAAUCAGCUGCUGGAACCUGAUUUCAGCUCAAGAAAACCCUUAUGUCCAGCCCCCCACUCAUCCUGCCCCCACCUCUCUCUCCUCUACCCACCUUUAGAGAACGUUUUGUCUUUCUGACUCUUGUCAUCAUCCAGGCUUGCAUUGCCCUUCAGAGUCUUCACCCCUUUCACUUGCAGCAGCAGCAACAUAGCUGCCAGGACUGUUGCUCUGUGAAGCUGGGAGCCCAGAGAAGUCAUGGGCCUCCUCUCCCAUGCUGCCUCUGGUCCCAAUCCCCAGCUCCCAGCACCACCCCAUUCCUUUCUUAGCUCUUACCCGUUGCCAGCAUCGCUUUUCCUCCUUCUCUUCCAUAGGACCUCUAACUCUAUGAGUCCUAUGACAUCACUGCCAUGGCUAUAUCCUACAUUCUAGAUCUUUAUACCAUUCCGUUGCCAGACAGAAGGGUGGUAGAUGGCAGAGAUGGCCAUACUGAGAUGGCCAUAAUGGGUCACCUUAUAGACCACAACCUAAAAGGGUUUCAGAAUUUGCCAAGUAUAAUCAUAUCUAUUACAAUGUCAGAUCUGCAUAGCUACAUGUACCCUAAAGCAACAAUAUUCUCAUAGUCACUACUUAGAUGAGAAGUCACUGGAAAAGCACAUCUCCCACACAAGGCAACAGGCAUCAGUAUGCAUAAAAGUAAUUUCCAUUGGUGCUUUUAAGCCUAAAUGUGACACCUGUCUAUAAUUCCAUGUAACUUUUCUAUAUGCAAAGUGGUUGGCACAGAUAAUGGCAACCAUUUUCUACACAUCAGUAUCCUCAGGCCCAUACAUGUGCCUGAUGCUCUGCAUGAAACUCAGUCUGCUGAAAACUGGGAAUAAGAGCAUAAGGGGAGGGGUGAAAGUAUACAUACUUAGAAAGGCAGAGUGAGACAGCGACACAGAACUUAUGCAUGGUACAUAGGGAUGAACAGAGAUGGAGGCUGAGUGCUAGGCUGGUGGUAUAGCCCCUUCCUUCCAUUACUCCAGAGGGGAGGGGCCAUUAGGAAAAUAACAACUUCAAGACUUGCCUGUUUUACCGAGUGACUUCAGGCCAGUUUGAGAAACUUAGACUCUGUCAUAUAAAAGUACAUUUUCUUUAAAAUGGCUGGAGAUAUGGCAAAAUGCCUGGCAUUAAUGAGAACCUGUGUGCAGUCUCCAGUCCAACAAGCAAAUGAACAAACACAAAAAAAAGAAAUAGAGGCAAAAAGAUAGUAAUCUUCUCUCUUAACAGAAGGUAUUCUUUUUUCUUCUUUCAGUUAUUUCCCCUCAUUCCAGGACUUUGCCCUGUUUUACAUCUAGACUGAAAUACUGUCUACUAUUGUGUAUCUUCUUGUACUCUCUGACACAGACAGAGAAGCUGCUUCAAGGGUAUCUGACAGCUCCUUCCUUGACGGAGGAGCAAAAGUCAGUGGAAAGAAAACAGUAUGGCAAAGGGUCAAGGCUUCCAGAUAAUGCAGUUGGAGAGAACUUGCCUUCCAGAAGUCAGACCUGUUGGUGAGGUGGCAAUGAAGACUCUAAGGGUGGUAGGUACAGAAAAUGGCAUAAUGGUCCUCGCUGGAAAAGAAAAACGGACAUGGACCAUGAGCAGCAGCUGGGCUCAGGGACAGAGAAGGUUUGUCACUUUUUCUUACCACGCAUACAUUUCCUGGACAAAUGUAUGCAAGCAUGGUUGCUGGUAAUGUACACAAACCUAUACUUUUCUGCAAUAAAUUGCAGAAAUGAGAACAUGAGAUGAAAGAUGAAAUGCUUGCCCAAUCUUAUGACUCUCUCCAUUCUAGCAUGUACACUCACACAAAGCCAGCCAGAUCCCAGCUCUUACUUCCUUGAACUCCAAACCGGGUGACGGAGACAGGGGGUGAUAUAGAAGGGCACUUUAUGGUGGUGGCAUAAAGGUGUAAAAGUACAAUGACCUCGGUUACCCCAGCCUUGUACCCAUUGACCUGCAGAUCCAGAGAAUGAUGAAUGAAUGGAAAAAAAAAAAACCCACACAUCUCCUCCUGGCUAUUUUGAAGGAAUAGUUUCUUGGUUCUCUGGUAUGCAGAGAAACUCACAGCUCUGUAGACAUGAAUGGGAGGGCAGCUGUGGGAGGAGUAUCUGGAGUGGAAAGAACCAACAUAGGCUCGCCAUCAAUGACUUCUACCUCUUUACCAGAUCACAUGCUGAAUCUUAGCAUCAGAAGUAAAUAAGGCAGAACCUGGGAACUUCUUAAUAUCUAUCCUCUUACAAAGUAAAUGAAUAUAGAAAUACAAGGAAACAAACAACCAAAAAGAAAAUGAAAAACUCCACCAUCUAAUGAUAGCUUCUAUUAAUGUAGUAUGCAGAUAUAGUGUUUAUUUCCUCCUCCUAGAUAACUGUGAGAAGGAGGGACUUCCUCUGGCCUCAACAAUGGGUAGCAUGGCUGCAGCUAAGAUUCAGCUGCCUUGACAGGGGCAUUAUUAUUAGAGAAGGCACUGUCUGGAAGAAAGGCUGCAGUGUCAUUUGGAGCAGAAAGAUACAGGAACAUUGAGUAGAAAAAGAUGACAAGAAAGAGCAACAGAGCUGUGACAUGGUAGUACAGACUACUAUCAAAAGGAAAGAAUAGUGGAGAGAAGAGCCAGAGGAGGAAAAGAGUCAAAACUUCACUUUCCCAACAGAUCGAUGGAGAUGGGACAAAGGAUAACUUGUUUCUCAUCCAACUUAUCCACACCUCCUAGUGCAAGCAAGAGGAGCAAAGAAAAAAGGUUGAAGACCUGUGGGUGCUUGCUUCCUUUCUUCCUUCAGGGACCUAUGGCCAAUGUCCUUAGUGACCGAGCCUGCUCUGUGUGACUCUGACUGAGCCAGACUUCUCUACCACAACCCUCUCCACCCCACCCCCACCCCCUCAAGGAUCAGUUUUAUGGGCUUAGAGUUUUCUUGGCAAGUUCAUGACUUGCUCCCUCUCUACUUAUCAGCUCAUCUAUAACCCCCACCUCAAUCUUAUCACUCCCUCCAUCUCCUUAGACUAGAAGUCCACAGGUCUCAUAAACCAUUAGCACCCACAUUGCCCCAACCCCCAGUGAGGCAUAAAAAUGCUCCACAAGGUGACCCUCCCACUCCUGGGGUAAGAACAUUGUUUUUCCUUGUUUCCUGUCACUCUCCUUCCUUUCUAUAUUUCCUUUUGUUUCCAUUCUUGCUCUGCUAUAGAUAUUUUGUUCUCUGGAUUAGAGCUCUCACAUCAAAAGGAAGGGGCAGUUCCAAGGCUCUCCAAGACAGGGUCUCAAGCAUAUCCCACUCAAGUCUCUCAUAUCUGUAUGGCUCAAAGAUUCCUAAGAAGAACAAAAACCUGGAGAAGUAUGAAUUUGAAACUAAAGUCACAAGUUGAAAGCCUGAUUCAGUUUUGUCUCCAGACCAGGAGAGGAGAGAGCACACUCCCUCUCAACUUUUAUUUCCAGAUCUCACAGGUCCAUUGAAGUAAUACAGUCAACAAGAGUAAUAUGUCUCAUUAAAAGCCAUAAAGACAAUGCAAGACAUUAUUUGAUAAAGGAGCAUUGCCUUGUCAGAACCCAUUCCUCCUGCUGUGUUGAAAAUGUCUCAUGAUUUUUCUUUCCUUUAAUCCUUCUCAAUUUCUGCUGUCUAAAGUCAGGAGUUGCACAGAAUUCCCUAGGAGUCUUCUAGGAUCUGCAUCCCUGAGAACCUGUUUAACCUUCAAAAUUAUCUUGCCUUGCUCCCUCACCAAAUUCCUUGGCCCCACCUCUCAAACUCUCCCAGUCUCAGAUGCCCAGCCCACUGCCAAGAAUCAAGGUUCUUCCCCUUCCCCCUCCCUACUACAGGCUGUUUUCUGCCCCCAGGCUCAGCUCUGGGAAGGUUCCCUCCCCUUCCCCCAGCAAUGUGGCUAGUUCUUCAGUGCACAGGCACAGAUUCACACCUCACAACAACCUCACAGCACGCACGCACAAGUUACCUGAAGAUAUAUAAAGCCCAGCACACCUAGACUUCUCAGCUUCUGUCAUCCGGGACUGGCUCCUUCCAUGAGAUUUGUAGAAGUUGAAUGUACAUGCAAGAAGACAUGGGGGCGAAAAAGCCUUGGAUCCAAUUUCAGAAACUUCUCAACUGGUGGGUCAGAGAACAAGAUUGGCACCAGCAUGUGGAUCAGCUUCAUAUGCUACAGCAGAAAAGUAUUUGGGAGUCUCCACUGCUUAGAGCAGCCAAGGAAAAUGAUAUGUGCACACUUAAGAGACUUCAACAUGACCAGAACUGUGACUUCAGACAAAGAGGAGCUCUGGGGGAGACAGCACUGCACAUAGCAGCCCUCUAUGACAACCUGGAUGCUGCUAUAAUGCUGAUGGAUGCUGCUCCAUAUUUGGUCAUGGAGUCUACACUCUAUGAGCCAUUUGUAGGUCAGACUGCACUGCACAUCGCAGUCAUGAACCAGAAUGUGAACCUGGUCCGUGCCCUGCUAGCCCGAGGGGCCAGUGUCUCCGCCAGAGCUACAGGCUCUGCUUUCCAUCGAAGUUCCCACAACCUCAUCUACUAUGGAGAACAUCCUUUGUCCUUUGCUGCCUGUGUGGGUAGUGAAGAGAUUGUUAGACUGCUCAUUGAGCAUGGAGCUGACAUCCGGGCCCAGGACUCCCUGGGAAAUACAGUACUACAUAUACUCGUCCUGCAGCCCAACAAAACCUUUGCCUGCCAGAUGUACAACCUGCUACUGUCUUAUGAUGGGGGAGACCACCUGAAGUCCCUGGAACUUGUGCCCAACAACCAGGGACUCACCCCUUUUAAGUUGGCUGGGGUGGAAGGCAACACUGUGAUAUUUCAACACCUGAUGCAGAAACGGAAACAUAUCCAGUGGUCAUGUGGGCCACUAACAUCUUCCCUCUAUGACCUCACAGAGAUUGACUCCUGGGGUGAGGAGUUGUCUUUUCUGGAGCUUGUGGUUUCCUCCAAGAAGAAAGAGGCUCGACAGAUUCUAGAACAGACCCCAGUGAAGGAACUGGUGAGCCUGAAGUGGAAGAAAUAUGGACAACCUUAUUUCUGCCUCCUGGGUGCUCUGUACAUCUUCUACAUGAUCUGUUUCACCACAUGCUGUGUUCACCGCCCCCUCAAGUUCCGUGAUGCCAACCGUACACAUAUUCGAGAUAACACCAUCAUGGAACAGAAGUCACUACAGGAAGCAUACGUGACUUACCAGGAUAAGAUCCGACUGGUGGGGGAGCUGGUGACAGUCAUUGGGGCUGUGAUUAUUCUACUCCUAGAGAUUCCAGACAUCUUCAGAGUUGGUGCCUCUCGCUACUUUGGACAAACAGUUCUUGGGGGUCCAUUCCAUGUCAUCAUUAUCACAUAUGCCUCCCUUGUGCUACUGACUAUGGUGAUGAGGCUUACCAAUGUGAAUGGGGAGGUGGUGCCCUUAUCCAUGGCCCUGGUGCUGGGCUGGUGUAGUGUCAUGUACUUCUCCCGAGGAUUCCAGAUGCUGGGCCCCUUCACAAUCAUGAUUCAAAAGAUGAUUUUUGGAGAUCUACUGCGCUUCUGCUGGCUAAUGGCUAUGGUCAUCCUGGGAUUUGCCUCAGCCUUCUAUAUCAUUUUCCAGACAGAGGAUCCAGAAAAUCUGGGAGAAUUCUCUGACUACCCCACAGCAAUGUUCAGUACCUUUGAGCUGUUCCUCACCAUCAUUGACGGUCCUGCCAAUUACAGUGUGGAUCUGCCCUUCAUGUACCACCUAACCUAUUUUGCUUUUGCCAUCAUCGCCACACUGCUCAUGCUCAACUUGUUCAUUGCCAUGAUGGGCGAUACUCACUGGCGAGUGGCCCAGGAGAGGGAUGAGCUCUGGAGAGCACAGGUUGUAGCCACAACAGUGAUGCUGGAGAGGAAAAUGCCUCGUUUCCUGUGGCCUCGCUCUGGUAUCUGUGGUUGUGAAUACGGCCUUGGAGACCGCUGGUUCUUACGGGUUGAACACCAUCAGGAGCAGAAUCCUUAUCGAGUACUUCGAUAUGUUGAAGCUUUCAAAUCUUCAGAUAAAGAGGAAGUACAAGAGCAGCAAUCUGAGAAACAACCAUCUGGGACUGAGACUGGGACUUUAGCCAGAGGCUCUGUGGUUCUCCAAACACCUUCUUUGUCCAGGACUACAUCCCUAAGCAGCAAUAGCCACCGCGGAUGGGAAAUUCUCCGUCGAAACACCCUGGGACAUUUGAAUCUUGGACUAGACCUUGGUGAAGGGGAUGGAGAGGAGAUCUACCAUUUCUGAAGAGAAUCCUGUUUCUCUAGGCCUAGCUCCACGUGGGUCAAGGUGUGGGAGAAAGAGAGGGGUAGUUGAGUUGAAUGGAGAAGGAGAGAGCUGCUUUGCAGGAAUCUGAAUUCUAUGGUUAUGAACAGUUGGACAAUAUACAUAAAAUAUUCUCUAAGAGGCAAUAUUUCACCCUUCACAUUACAGUAUUUGUAGAGAUGGGCAAAGGUCAUCUAGUGUUGUAUUUACCUUAUAAGUUCCUCUAAUGCUCAUAUCCUGAGAACCUGGCACCUGAGGACAUGAAAUGGGGGUUGAUUGGCAUCUCUGGUUGACAUCUGGACCAUCUUUCUUAUGCCUUGAACAGAAGCCAGAAAACAGCAAGCCAGGAGACUUUUCUGAUUUUACAAUGCAUAACGUAGAAAGAACCAUCAUACUGCAAACAUCCUUCCCUAUCGCCUUAUUCUUCCUGGGACUCUUUUCCCAGCUAACAAUCCCUUGUAGAAAACGACAGGAAAAAAAAAACAUUUCCUUAUCCUGUUUUCUUUAAUUUUUCUCUUAUGUCAAAACUAUAUAUUACAUAAAACUUAUCAUUUUUACUAAUUUCAGUAAAAGUACAUUCAUAUUAUUGCAUAACCGUUACUAGUAUUCAUCUACAACCAUGUUUCAUCUCAGAUACUGAAACUCCCAUCCAUUGAACAGUAACUCUCCACUAUUCCUUCCCUUUAGUUCUCAAUAACCAUUAUUUUACUCUCUGUCUAGGAAUUGAUUGUAGGUGCUUUAUCUAAGACGGACUUCACAAGAUAUGUUCCAUUGCACUCGCCUUGUUUGAUUUAGUAUACUAAUUUCAAGGUUUCCUCUAUUCUCUAGAGUUAUCAGAAUUUCAUUCCCCUUUAGGUCUGUAUAUACCCACACCUUACUUUAUUCAUUCAUCAAUGGGUUUUCUUAUCUUCUGGUUAUUGUGAAUGUUGCUGCUAUGAAAAUAAAAGUAUGCAUGUCUAUAGAGGCCCUUAAUUUUAGUUUUUGGGUGAUGUAGAAAAAUUAUGUGCCUAGAAGUUGAACUGAUGUAUUUUAUGACAACCCCAUGUUUAAUUCUUUGGAUAGACUACCAUACUGUUUCCAUAGUAGCCUUCAGCAUUUUAUAGCUUCUGCUAGUGGGUGUGAAAUGCUAUCUCAUUGUAGCUUUGAUUUCCUUUUCCCUAAAGACUAAGGAAAUUGAGACUCUCAUUUCAUUCUCUUAUUUAUGGGCCAGUUUUUAUCAUUGCACUGCCUUCUUGUUUCCAGAAGCUCAGAGUCUGAGGUGUUAGCAUCUCUUUUGAAUUCUGAUGUAUUUUUAUGAUUGGUGAAGCAUGUUUUCCUUGUUUGAAUGGCCCAAUCAUUCUUUUCUAUAGGAUGGUCUAUCUUUUAGGUACUAUUUUUCAAAUUAUCCUCCUUGAUGCUGAAAACAUAGGCUCCUGAUUUUGUUGUGAGAUUGCCAUACUCUACACCCUUCUCUCAUCACCUCAGACAGAGAGCCAAACAUGCUGUUGCUGUUGGAAAAGUAAAGAAAUAAGUAAGAUUUGGAAAAUUUUAGACGAUGCAUUCCAGUGGACAUAUUCAAAGCUGUAUGCCCAAUAGUGAGCUAUCACAAAAAUGUACACAGACCUUUGGUGGUAUGAAACUUGACAGGACUGAGUCAUGAUUAACCAUCAUUUUCUUUCACAGUAGAAGCACUUCCAUCUUAUGUAUGCUUAAACUUCAUCUAUGUCCCAGACUGUUCAAGACCCAGAUCCCUCUGCAUUUUCAGAUACCAGUGAUGUGCCUAUCAUCCGAAUCUUCUGGCCUUUCUCAUUUGUGUCAUUCUUAACCUCUCCUCCACCACCUGUGCUAGCAAGAAUGUUGUAUUAUUUAAACACCCUCCCUCAAAUUCAACUCCUUUCAACAACUGCCCCAUCACUUUUAUUUCCUGAUCAAUGCCAAACAUCAUAGGAGUUGAUUCCACUAUCUAAUGGCUUCCCCUGAUUUCUCAGCCCUUUGUGAUUUGAUCUAGUUUUCUCUAUGCCACAGAUUCCACUGUUGUUAUUUCCCUGAAGGUAAACCUACUCAGUCAUCUCAGUUUUUGUUGAGCUCUAUAGAUUACACAAGACUAUUCAGCACUUCAUAUUCCUACCAGUCUGGCUGAUUUUGUUUUACCACAACUUAUAAUAAUUUUGAUCUACACAGAUUUUUGUUUCUCAUCUCACUUACUGCCAUAGAUCACCACAUAUAAGCUUAUAAUUUUGAAGGGUCUAUCUUCAUCUCACAUCUGUCUUCUGAGCUCCAGGCAUGAACAACUUAGAUGUUCCACUGUUAAACUUGUUCUACUUUGGAUGUUUUAUAGGCACCUCCACUCCAAUUUUUCGUCAUCAUCAAACCUGCUUCUCCACCAGUAUUCUGAACCAUGUUAAGUAUCAGAAUAACAGGCAAGAUUCCCUAAACCACAGUCUGGGAAUUAUCCUUAUUGCACUGUCUCAACCCUCCUAUCCAGCAUUUUCAAGGCCCAUGGAUAGACAGCUCAUUACUUUUUGUUAAACUAAUUUUAAUGAAGCACAAAAAAUGAAUUUUCCUGCAACUGCCUUAGUUCCUUAUACAUUUCCUCAGGUGAUAAUACUAAUAAAAAUUUGUUGUGUGUGUUUCCAAAGAUUUCUUCAGUGUAACAAAGAACUUGUAUCUAUACUUUUUUCUUUUAAGAAUAUCAAAGUAUAGUAUAUUCUAAAAGUAAUUCUUUUUAUCAUUAGAUAUGUUAUAACUACUACUUCAUAUCAUUGUAGCAUUAAUGAAAAUAUCCUUCCUAAGUCCAGUGUAAUGGUGUGCACCUAUAGUACCAAAAUGCAUGAGACAAUGGCAAAGACAGUAGAAACAUAUAUUUAGAGGUAGCUUGAGCUACACAGUGAGACCCUGUCUCAAACCUCAAUAUUCAAAAAAUAAAAAAUCGAUGAAAAUGUA